GGGGAAGUUGCGCGAUUUUACUAGAAUUUAAUUUAUUAACAGUUAUAACACAUUUAUAGACAUAAAACAUCAUGGUAAUAUUUAAAACCGUUCUUUUGUGUUCCUGAAUAUGUGCGAUAUACGCGAAAAAACACUAUAUUUGUAUAAAUAAUAUUAUGUGCGUGUGUGAAAAGUACCUGUUACGUAUCGGAGUGUUUAAAAAGUGAACAGUAAAUAAAUUUAUCUUUAUUUUAUCCAACAGAAUUAUAAAUAUAAAUCUGCAGAAAUAUUGAAUGCUAUUAGAGUGCUGGAAAACCCAAUGGCAAUCAUGAAGUACCUUUGCUUUGAUGGAGGUGGGCGUCCGGUUAAUUGGCGUAGUGCUUCGUAUCCUGAACCUUCUACUAUCGCCCCUGUUCUGGCUAAAGGGGCGCCACCGCCGCAGAGUACCGCCCCCACCUGCCGCCAUACUCUUGAAGAGUGCUGUCGAACUUGCUGCCAACAUCAGGGAUGGAGAGAUCACAAGCGAGAACUUAGUGUCAAUCUACAUCGACCGGGUAAAAGAAGUCAACCCGUAUCUGAAUGCUGUAGUGGACGAGCGGUAUCGCGCUGCAGUAGAAGACGCUAAGGAGGUGGACAGGCAGAUAUCGGAGGCGAGGAAGAACGGCAAGUUGAAUGAGCUGGUGAAGACUAAACCACUGUUGGGAGUGCCGUUCAGUGUCAAGGAGAGCUGUUCGCUUGCUGGUCUAUCCAACUCAAUGGGAUGCUUAGAGAACGCCGGGCGCCGAGCUACUGCGGACGGUGAAGUGGUUCGGCUGGUAAGAGCCGCUGGUGCCAUACCACUGUUGGUGUCAAACACUCCUGAGCUGUGUCUUGGGUGGGAAACGACGAAUCUACUGCGGGGGGCGACGAACAACCCUUACUGCUUGAAUAGGACGCCUGGUGGUUCUUCUGGGGGAGAGGGCGCUCUACUGGCAUGCGGCGCGAGCGCUUUCAGCGUGGCAUCUGAUGUGGCAGGAUCCAUCCGCGUGCCAGCCGCCUUCUGUGGGGUCUUCGGACAUAAACCUACCCCAGGUAUAAUCUCCAUAGAAGGACACAUCCCGAUGUUAAACGACGAGUUGUUCCCGCGGUUCCUGGCGGUGGGCCCGAUGGCUCGCCGGGCCGAGGACUUGCCCCUGUUGAUGGACAUCAUGGCGGGAGACAAGAAGGACAAGUUCAAACUCGACCAGCCUGUCGACUUGAGGAAACUUAAGGUACACUACAUGACCGAGGCGGGGAUAUCGUUGGCACUCAUUCGUGUCCAUCGGAGUAUUAGCGACAUGAUAAUAAACGCUGCCAAAUACCUCGAAAGGGAAUGCGGUUCCACCAUCAGUAAUGAGAAAUUCAAGGAUUUAGAAGAUUCCGUGGAAAUAUCAGUGUCGGUUUUCUUUUCUAUGAAAGAUAUUCCUAAUAUGUUACAAGAUCCGGCAAAUCCCAAAAGGGACAAGAGCCUGUUUGGCGAACUAUUGAAAAGCAUUUUCGGAAGUGGAACACGUUCGCUACAGGUUUUAGGAUUUACAAUGAUAAACAAAAGUCACCUUUUUAUUCCUAAAUCUCGGCGUGGAUACUACAGGACAAAGGCGAAAGAACUUCGGGAGCAAAUGAUCAAAACUCUUGGAGAUAAUGGCGUUCUUCUAUACCCCGUAUGUAAUGGUCUGGCCCACUACCAUUCCCAAGUGUUCCUGCGUGCGUCUGGCGUCAUGUACACCAUGGUGUUCAAUAUUCUUGGUAUGCCCGCCACUACAGUGCCAAUGGGUUUAUACCAAGGCUUGCCUAUCGGAAUACAGGUCGUAGCAGCACCGAAUCAGGAUAGAUUAUGCUUAGCAGUAGCAAAACAACUUGAAAAGGGAUUCGGCGGUUGGCGACCUCCACAGUAAUUCUAAUUGAUGGACUCGCAAAAUAGGAAAUAGGCUAAAAAUAAGUUUCUGAAGUCAAUAAACCACAUGUAUGGCGUGGUUGUUUUUUACUGGGGGAAGUUUCGUAUGUUAGAACACGUGAAUUUUAACCGUUUCAUCUAUUUUAUAUGUCGAUAUUAAAGUUAGACCAAUGAAAUUGGUGUUAUUUAUAAGGACAAGUAACCCUGGUGUAUGUAUAUAGAUUGCACAGAACUAUUUUGUGUUAGAUUGUAUUUCUAUCAUCGCUUUUAUGAGUUGACAAUUGUGAAAAGAGUUUUAUAGCAAUUGUUAUUUUAUAAAAACAAAAUAAUUUAUUGUAAUUUUAUUUUGUACCUACCUAUUUUGUUGUAAAAUUUUAAUAUUAAAAUUGAAUUAUGUAUUCGACUACUAUGAAUGUAAUGCACAAAAAAUACUAGUGAUAGUAUAGAUAUUGAUAUUAUGUGCACUUGUUAUAUUUAUGUCAGAGUAUUUAACAAUUAAAAGUGCUGUGAAUGUAAAUGUGUAUACCUGUGUCACUUCAGAACUUUUGGAAAUGUUUGUAUUCUAUUCUAUAUUACUUAUCUUAUUUUUUGUGUCGACUAGAAAUAUUAUUUGUAUACACGCUCUUUAGGCAGUAACUUUACUAUAAAAUAUAAUAAAAUGAAGUAUAAAACA